UUCCAACAGCGAAUCUCUGCUGUUUGGAAGGCACGAUGGCGCCUCCAGGCCCCGGGAUCAUGAAGCAGACUUAAGUCUAAGACUAAACUUGGACUUAAGUCUUAAGAUUUUACUUAGCUAAGACCGCAAUCUUAAGUGGAUCAUGAAACGUGCUAAGCAUAAUCUUAGCUGAGACUAAACUUAAGUCGAAAUCUAUAGCAACGCGCGCGCUGAUUCGCGUAUUUGCGGUAAUCCAUUGGAACUCUUCAGCGCGGGAAACCAUCUUCUGUCGUCUGCUGUCAAUGUAAACAAUGGAAUCUGUCAACAGAGGGAGAAAGUCAAAUUGGACCGGGGAGGAGGAGGUUAUGCUCGUUGAAGAGGUUUCCAACAGCGAAUCUCUGCUGUUUGGAAGGCACGAUGGCGCCUCCAGGACACAGCAGACGAAGAGCAAAGUUUGGCAAGACAUUGCCAAUCGCCUGAAUGCCAGAAACACAUCACUGCAGAGAAAGGUGCCGGAAAUUAAAAAGAAAUACCAAAACAUCAAGCAGAAAGCAAAAGAAAAAAGAUCAGGAUUACUGCACCCAAAGACUGGUGGUGGCAAGAAACCAGCUUCACCAACAGUGCCAGAAAGGCUGGUAUUACAGAACCUGGAGGGAAGACCAAGUCUCUGUGGACUCUCUGAAGGAAUUGACACUGCUGUGCCUCUUUCACCUGGGUUUAUCAACAUCCUACCAACUUAUUCAGGAGUUGAUAUGGAUAUGCCAAUAACUUAUAUCUCCCCAGCAGCAUCACAAGCCACACACACAGAUGGAUUAACAGCCCCACAUACAGCCACAUCUACAUGUACAUCAUCAAAACAGAAAAAAGAUUUGUCUGAUGAAGUAUUGUUGGAGGAACUUGCCCGAGUGAAAGACGCAAGGAAUCUGAUUCUGGAGAGGAUUGAACUGGUCAAGAUUCAGAAACAUCUUGCUAUUCUUCAAAUUAAGGCAAUUGAGCCUUCCUUUGAAGAAUAAAUAAUGUUUCUGAAACUUUUCCACUACAAUUUGUUCUGUCAACAUUUUCUUUUAACCGCUACUAGUCAUAAAAUACUUUGUGGAUUUUAACCAAAUUUGGUCAGAAACAUCAUUGGGUGAAGGGAGCAGAUUUUGGAUAAGGGGUGACUCCCAA